AUGUGGGAGGGGCUAGUCACCAUUCCUAAGCUGGUUAUUAUUCCUAAUCUGAUCAUUAUUCCUAAGCUGGUCACUGUUCCUAAGCUGGUUAUUGUUCCUAAGCUGGUCACUAUUCCUAAGCUGGUCACUAUUUCUAAGCUGGUCACCGUUUCUAAGCUGGUCAUUGUUUCUAAGCUGGUCACCAUUCCUAAGCUGGUCACCAUUUCUAAGCUGGUCAACAUUUCUAAGCUGGUCAUUGUUUCUAAGCUGGUCACUGUUCAUGAAGUCGUGCUUGAUUGUUUACCAACGCUCAUUCAAAUAUUUACAUAUUGA